AUGAAUGAUUUAAUUCCUGUAGUCAACAAACUCCAAGAUGUUUUUAACACAAUUGGUAGCGACACAGUAGAUCUACCACAAAUCAUCGUUGUUGGUUCUCAAUCUUCUGGAAAGUCUUCUGUCCUUGAGAACAUUGUUCAGCGGGAUUUUUUACCUCGUGGUAGUGGAAUUGUCACCCGUAGACCGUUAGUGCUUCAGCUCGUUAAUAUUCAAGAUUCUGAAGAUUCAAAGGCUAUAGAAUAUGGGGAAUUUUUGCACAUGUCGGAUCAUAAGUUUACUGAUUUCUCAGAUAUAAGAAAGGAAAUUGAAGCUGAAACAGCAAGAGUUGCAGGGCAAAAUAAGGGAAUAUCGAGGUCUCCGAUUCAUUUGAAAAUAUUUUCGCCAAAUGUACUUAAUUUAACUUUGGUUGAUCUUCCUGGUCUAACAAAG